GGGCUGGUAAUCUCCGGGGUCGAUCUUUGCCAUGGAGGCUUUAAGUGCAAGCGAUACAUAGGGAAUCAAGCAUAUGACAAUACGAUACCUUGUGACCUUUGUGUAUAAACAGCUGCACUGCGCUUGCUUUGCUCUUCUCAUUGUCAACCUUUCAUCCUCGGUCUUUACACUUCAGUCAACAAAGUCACGAUGAGGAACACAUUCAUUUUCACCACCCUCACAGCUCUUGUAGCUUCUCAGGGCAUUGCUGAUCUGCCAGUCUGCUCUCUCACAUGCCUCACUACUGCAAUUGGUGGCCUGGGAUGCGGCAUCACCGACUUCGCUUGCUCGUGCCAGAAGGCCUCCGAGCUUACGCCAGUUGUAACGCCCUGUGUUCAGACUGAUUGCUCCAAUCCUGCAGACCAAGCCAAGACGAUCGAAGUCCUUGCUGCCAUUUGCGCUGUUGCUGGUUUCCCUAUCGAGGUGCCCACCCCACCGGCUUCUUCAGCCGCUUCGUCGGUUGCUUCGCCAUCUGCAUCGUCAGCAGCCGCAUCCUCGGCUGCUUCUUCGCCUGCUGCUUCGGCUACACCUACACCUACAGCCUCGUCGGAGGCUCCUAUUGAGACGCUGCCAUCUGCCACCGAUGAGCCAGAGUACCCUGAGUACCCAACUGCCACUGUCACUCCUUCCGAGUAUCCAGCUCCCACCCAUGCGACUGACGAUGUGCCUAACCUCCCAUCUUCCUACUCCGCUGUCCCUAUCCCGUCGUUCGUAGACACGGCCAGCGCGCCGUAUCCUUCAGUUCACACGACUUCGGGGCUGAUCAUACUCCCUCCUUCCCCAACCGGUAGUUGGAUACCAUCUGCGUCGGCGCCUAACGGUACUGUCACGGCUACUCACACCUCUAGCCGACUGCCCGAGUUCACUGGUGCAGCUGCAGCUGCUCAGGUACCUUUGAUUGCCGCUGGUGUGUUUGGACUGGCUGCCUUCGUUUUGUAAUCGUUGUAUUAGUAGAGCAGUCAGUGGGGAAUUUUGUAACUAAUGGUGGAGAAGUUCAGAGUGCCAAUCGGUCUAUAGAUUCGAACGGUGUUGUAAUAGAUGAAGCUUUUUCGGUGUAUCCUACGACCUGAUGAGACCCCA